UCCGCCACGAAUCGCCGAUCAAUCCCCGGCCAUGGCCUCCACCUCCGCCGCCGUCUGCCCGUGGGACGCGCUCCCGGAGCACCUCCAUGAGCGCAUCCUCUCCCUCCUUCCGCUCACCGCGCUCAUCCCCGUCGCCGCCGUCUCCCGGCCACUCCGCCGCAUCCUUCUCUCCCCGGCCUUCCACGCCCUUCUCUCCGACCACCGCCUCGACGCCUUCUUCCUCCUCUCCCCGAGCCUCGCCUUUCACCCGCUCUCCCGCCGCCUCCUCCAGGUGCCCCUCUUCGAUUCAUCUCGGGCUUCUCCUCCCCCUCCCCUCGUGUCAUCCGCCUCCCCCUCCCUCAUCGUCACCGCCGCCUCGCUCCACCACCUCCCGCCGCUCCCCGACCGCUCCUACCUCAUCGCCGUCAUCGUCUCCUCCUCCACCACACGGGAUUACUCGCUCGUCGCCGUCACCACCGGACCCGCGGUCCGCUCCUACACCAUAAACUCCGCAGAUCCCUCCCCCCAGUGGGUGCCUCGGGGCGAGCUCCCGCUGCCAUUCGCGCUUCUUGGCAACGCCGCGGUUGCCAGCGACCGUGCUCGGCUCUUCGUGCUCGGCCGUGGCCCGGACGCUCUUCUGGUGCUCGAUCUCGUCACGGGCGAAUGGGUUGUGCCGCCGGUUGCCAUGCCCGACGGCCUUACCACAGCGCACCUGUUUGUUCUUGAUGAUCGGCUGUUCUUGUUAGGCGGAGUGGAGAUCCUCGGGGUGCUGGAGCGGAUAGUGGUGUUUCAGUUGGACGACGGAGCGGCAGUGGGAGGAUGGCUGGAGGUAGCAACAAUGCCAGCGGAGAUGUUCGAUGAGUUGGUGGCUGGCAGGCAUGGCAGCUUCUGGCACUUUCAGGCUGCAGACAGGAUGGGGAUUGUUUGCCUGUACAAUGCCGUGGAUGGGAGGCUGGUGAUGUUUGAUGCUGUGGACUCCGCGUGGACGAAGAUGCCACGGGUGUCUGGGUUGGACGCUGAGCAGAGUUGCCGGUGGUUUGGCCAUGUUUUGGAGCCAGAUGUCGAACACUUGCUGGGACAACGCCGCUGACGGUUGGUUUCUUGACCUCCAUGUUUCGGUGCAAUUCUGGACGCGAGCAACUUCAGAUCAUGUUCCCUGAACCAUGAUGCAAAUUUCUGUUUGUAAGUAGGAAUAACAACUGGUUCUGCUACGCUGCAACUCUCUCAAAUCAAACCACCGCUGCAUAUGGAAGGCAAGUGGAAUAUAAGCCUGGUGAGUUUAAGGAUGGGUGGCUCUGCUUGGUUUGCGCAGUUAAACUUGGGCUUGUUGUUUGGUUCUGGAUACCCGAAGAACGACGACGGUGUUGAUAGAUGGAUGCUGCACAAGACCUUUCCGCUGCAGGAUUGUGUGGAUGGAUAUGUCUAUUUGUCUACUUUCUGAGAGACGCGUCCAAGUUCUUGUCAGUUCAUGUGCUUCUGCCUUGAAACAGAGGAGCUGGAUUACCUCCACAUUGUUACUUUGAUAUUUCCUAUCCAUAUGUCAUGGUGUUCCCUCCUUCAUUGGUAUGCACUAAGGUGAGCCCUCAACCCACAGAGGCUUGACUAGAUGGAAGAACAGAACUUGAACUAGAGAAUGCUAUUUCUACUCUAUACAUUGUUUUCUCACUGUAGAAUAAACCACCAAGAUGUUCCAGUGCUGUUGGCAAUGUUAGUCAUUUGUAUAAAUAUAAUAACCUUGUCAUAUAUCAUUAAUAGCCGAUGUGAUAAUGUUAUUUGUCACUGGAAAAAGGCUGAAGCUUACUUC